AUGGCCUCCAAGGGAAUUCGUAUUCUCCUCGCCGCCGUGGUCGUAUGCCUCCUCGUGGCGGCGCCCUGUGUGAACGCAGCUAUUACUUGCGGAAGGGUGGCUUCGUUGCUCGCUCCUUGCAACCCCUAUCUACGAGGUACGGUGCCUUCCCCGUCGCCUGCUUGCUGUGCUGGCGUGAGGACUCUGAAUUCGUUGGCAAACACGAAGCCAGACCGCCAAGCCGUAUGUAACUGCCUGAAGAGGUUGGCCGCGGCGGUCAACAUUGCCAGGGCACGCGCUCUCCCUGGAAGGUGUGGCGUCAGAAUCCCCUAUCCUAUAAGCGCCAGCAUCAACUGCGCCACGUACGUAAUUCUCCACCCCUUUUACUGCGAUAAGAUACGCUGA